UUUAUGCGUCUCUGAGUCUGCUUCUCCUCACAUCACAUCGAAUUUGUUUGAUCGGGGUCAGAGCGAGCCCAUCGAAUUUGUUUGAUCGGGGUCAGAGCGAGCCCCGAGUCUGCUUCUCCUCACAUCACAUCGAAUUUGUUUGAUCGGGGUCAGAGCGAGCCCCGAGUCUGCUUCUCCUCAUAUCACAUCGAAUUUGUUUGAUCGGGGUCAUCAGAGCCAAAGCCCAACGAUGACAGACCAGUCCGCCCAACAGGAUGAAUCUAGGAAGAGAGCAAGGGACAAGGAGAAGGAGGAAGAGCACCCUAAGAAAUUGAAACCAUAUAAUGAUGAAGGCGAUUCUGAUGAUGAUACGUAUCCUUUGAAGAGGAGAUUGAUUUUGCAGGGGAUAAGGGAGCUCUAUGCUGGUCAUACUGCUAGAUUCCUGGCCAAUCAGCGAUUAACGACACCUAUUCCAUCCAGAAGUAGUGUCAAUCCAUGUGAUUCAAAGAAGCAAAGCCUUAGUGAACUUAUCCAUGGAGUUCCCGGACGGAUCAGUCUUUCACUGGACUUGUGGACUAGUUCAAAUCAUCAGGAUUAUUAUGUGGUCUUAACAGGACACUUCACAGAUGAUGGUGACUGGAAUUUACAUCGCCGAAUCCUCAAUCUUGUUGCCAUACCAUCUGCUUCUCUUGAGGACGUCGUUCACCAAGCUAUUUUGCCAUCUGCUUCUCUUGAGGACGUAGUUCACCAAGCUAUUUUGACAUGUGUUUCCAAUUGGAAUCUGAACGGGAGGUUGUUUGCCCUCACUGUUGAUCACUCCUUAUGCUCCUCCAUUGAAAAUCUUGAACAACUCCAUACUCAGCUGCUAAUACGACAUUGCUAUGCUCGUGUUAUUAGUGGUCUAGCCCAAGAUGCACUUGGGUCAAUGAGCCCAACUAUAACAAAGAUUCGGGAAAGCAUCAAAUUUGUGAAAUCUUCAGAAUUCCGUUAUACAAAGUUUCUUGAGUUGAAGCAGCAUCUUGAUAUUCGUAGCAAAAAGAAGCUUUUCAUUGAUGAGCAGACUAAAUGGGACACCACUUACCAUAUGCUAGUUGCUGCAUUGAAAUUGAAGAAUGUGUUUGGUGGCUUGAGUUCAUAUGAUCCUGAUUUCAAGAUAGAUGUAUCUCCGGAGGAAUGGAAGCAAGUAGAAACUCUACUCACAUACAUGAAGUAUUUCUUCGAUGCAGCCAACAUGGUGAAUGCCCACCAAUAUCCUUGUGCAAAUGCAUUCUUCACUGUAGUAGCAAAAAUUCAAGAGGAACUGAUGCGUGCAGCUACUAGUGAGGAUUCAUUUCUCAAACUUUUGACCACACCUCUACUCCAAAAGUUUGAAAAGUAUUGGGAAAACUGCUACAUUAUUUUAGCAGUUGCUGUAGUUUUCGAUCCGAGGCUCAAAAUGGCAAUGGUACAGAAGGUCUUCUAUCAAAUCUAUGGUGAGAAUGCAGUGACACGGAUGGAGAUUGUUCGUAAUGCACUUUCUGACCUAUGGUUUCAAUAUGCUUUGCCAGAAGAAACACCAACAGAAAAUGAGGGUGUGAGCACCAUCAAAACAGAGCCUCCAACUGCAUCACAGGGAGAACAGCCUCUUGAUCGUACUUCCAAUACUGAUUUUGAUAUGAUGAUGCUUUCAUGGUUUGAACGCCAAAGAGCCCCCAAGAAGAAGACUUCGGAGUUGGACCAAUAUUUGGAAGAGACUUUAUACGAGGUACCGGUUAAAGACUUUGAUGUUCUGGUUUGGUGGAUGCAAAACAAGGCCCGGUACCCGACUCUCUCUAGGAUGGCUUCUGAUGUCUUGGCCAUACCACUGUCCACUCUUGAUUCGGAUUUUGUUUUUGACACUGCAACGUUCAAAACUAUGGAUAGUUCCUUGAGUCCCUCAACUCUUGAGGCUCUCAUCUGUGACAAGGAUUGGCUUAAGUAGGAUUGGCUUAAGUAGGACCAUCUGUGCCAACAAAUUUUGAGACUUUCUGGUGUUGUUUACCCUUAUGUAUGACUUUGAGUUAUAAUUAUGUCUACUAUCUUUCUUUUA